GUAACACACACUUUUUUUCCCUAGAAAUUAUCACACACUCUGUGGAAUUACACUUCGAAUAUCUUCCUCCUGAAACUUAGUGUCGAUCUGAUAAUUUGUGGAACCUGCUAUCACACUUUCUGAGGAUUCUGUGCACGAUGACGUUGUUACCACCAACGGCCGAGCAACAGAAACGCAUAAGCGAGGAGGUUCCUGCGGAUCCGGAAAUGAGGAAACGCGACAUUGUGGCCGUAAGGGAAUGGCUGGCGAAGCAACCUCAUCUGCCUAACCACAUGGACGAUGCAAGGCUGGAGAGAUUCCUGUUCGGUUGCAAGAAUAGUAUAGAACGAUGUAAAUUAAUUUUGGAGCGAUAUUUCAGCGUUCGUACAGCUAUUCCGGAAUUCUUCGCUGUUCGUGAUCCUUUUGCACGUGAAAUUCAAGAAUGCUGCGAAUCGAUCCACUAUUUCGUUUUGCCAUCUUUAACGGACGAAGGACACCGUGUGAGCGUUUUACGAUUAAAAGACACGGCAAUUGACAAAUUUUCCAUCCAGGCGAUCUCCAGAAGAAUUCUCAUGGUCCUGGACACUCGUCUCAUGGAAGAAAGUUGUUUGUCGAACGUUAUGGUGAUCGAUCUUCAGGGAUUCAGCGUGGUUCACUUCACGAAAUGCAGUCCAACGCAGAGUAUCGUGAGGAAAUCGAUGCUCGCGGUGCAAGAUAGUAUGCCGUUGCGUCUUCACAGAGUUCACUUCCUCCACGCGCCUGCAUUUAUAGACAGUAUUCUAAAUAUAUUCUAUCCGCUAUUGAAAGAUCGACUCGUUCAAAAAUUUCGCGUUCACACCGGUGGUGGCGAGGAAUUGCACUCUUACAUGAACAAGAACAUCCUUCCAAACGAAUGGGGUGGCAAAGCAGGCACUUUGGACGAUUUAAACGACGCGUGGAAGAAGAAAAUUGAAAAGAACAAGGACUGGUUUCUGCGAGAAGAGAAGCUCAGCAGGACGAACGAAAACGCGAGACUUCCGGAAUCGAAAUCGAGAUUGCUGGCAGAACUGGAUGGUCUGCAGGGUUCUUUCAGACAAUUGAAUAUCGAUUAA